CAAAACAAGCGAAGGCGGAGUACGCGGCACAGUGCGACGCGGCACUUCGCUCUUUUGGAAGUGUCAGUAUUAUCCUUUGGCGGCAUUCUGAAAAAGUGUACUUGCAGUACGUGUAGUUUCUGCUGCAUUUCGCGCCAACUGCUGCUCUUGAAAACAUCGUGACGGUGACGCCUUAUUUUGUCACUUCUUACAUACCUGCGGUCUUCACACGCAAGCUUCAGUGAACGAUGGGCGACCGUGCGAUUGUGAUGAAGUACUUUCGUAUUGCAGGCGUUGUUAGCGCCUACUGGUUAAUUUCAAUAUCCCUUGUUUUCAUAAACAACACUCUGCUGUCAGACAAGAAGAGGAAGCUUGAUGCUCCGCUGUUCAUCACGUUCUUUCAGUGCUUCGUGUCUUAUGCCCUGUGCGUGGUACUAAGUUUUCUCAGCGAGAAACUUCCGAGUUUGUUUCAUUUCCCCAAAGUUAAUCACGACUUCAACAUAUUAAAAACGCUGAUGCCGCUUUCUGCCUUUUUUGUUGCCAUGGUGACAUUCAACAAUCUCUGCCUGAAGCACGUCGGCGUCGCCUUUUACACCGUCAGCCGAUCACUCACGACCGUCUUCAACGUGAUCUUCACGUAUCUCGUGCUGCGCCAGACCACAUCAGUGCCCGCCGUUGCAUGCUGCGGCAUCAUAGUUGCAGGCUUUCUUCUGGGAGUGAACCAGGAAGGUCACAUGGGAUCUUUGUCUGUAUUUGGUGUGACCUGUGGUGUGCUUGCCAGUGCAACCUUGUCGAUGUACAGCAUCUACACGAAGAAGAUGUUGCCGGUGGUUGGUGACAGUGUGUCGUUGCUCACCUUCUAUAACAAUGUUAACGCCCUGGUACUCUUCUUUCCCCUAGUCAUACUCUUUGGCGAGUUACCUGUCAUCUACAAUUUUCCAUUUUUGUCUGACCCUGUGUUCUGGAGUCUUAUGUUUGUCAGUGGAGUCUUCGGUUUUCUGAUUGGCUAUGUAACGAUGCUGCAAAUUCAGGUUACAUCACCACUGACCCACAAUGUUAGCGGUACAGCAAAAGCUUGCACACAGACUGUGCUUGCAGUAGUCUGGUUUUCCGAAGUGAAGUCUGUUCUUUGGUGGAUCAGCAAUGGGUUGGUACUUCUAGGCUCAGCGGCAUACACACGUGUGCGCCAGCUUGAAAUGCUGAAACACCACAUGAACACAGCUAAGUGCGAAGGCAAAGGUGACAGCAAAGACUCAGUCAUGAAUGUUUGAAGCCUCUUGCUGUACUUUUGAUAGCCUCCAUUAGUGAACAUUGUAGUUCAUUCAAAAUCGCACAGUUCUGUCCCUGAUGGAGUGGUGGUCUAUCAUGUAAAUUAGUGUGGCAAAUCCUGGACAGUGGAAAUGAAAAAGAGCUUAUAGUGUAGUACAAUAGUGUGACUGAAAGUUCUAUUCAUACAAGGCAAUGUGUUGAUUAUAGUGUAGUACAACAGUGUGAAUGAAAGUUCUAUUCAUACAAGGCAAUGUGUUGGUUAUUGUGCAACUUGUUUGAAUAUGUUUUUCUUCAGGGAACUUUUUUAUAUUCAUUCAAAAAAUUUGCUACUGCAUUAAGUAAUGUGUGUAAACAUGUAUUUACUGUAUUUUGUACACUUCAGCAUACACAUUUGGUGCAUGUGGGAUCUCUUUUAUGUGAUGCGUUAAGACAGUGUGUUUGUGUUGUCUGGCAUAGUCUGGAGCAAGUCCUACGGAAAUAUUUCCAUGUGAUAAAUUAGGAGUGAUGAAGCAUACGUGUGUACAUUAUCCUUGUAGGACCAGAUUGCCUUUUUCAUUUGCAUAAAUAUUGUUAAAGUAAUUUAAAUAAUUUUUUAAGAAAUUCUCACUCAGUAACUUAAUUGAGGGGGAACAGGGUUGAAGUGAUGUUGACAGGUUACACUUGCAAAUACGCAUUCAUCUCACCAGCAGAUAGUUUUAUUAUGCGUAGUUAACAAAGUUAGUUAGCGUAACUUCUCUGGUGCAACCCUAUGAUUUCUAAAGCCUUUCAUAAUUUUUGCUGAACAACUGUGGUGGGAUAGAGCCAUUUAUAUGCUGCUUUUUACUGAGUUCUGCAGCUCUAGCCAUAAUAAUUUACAUGCAACUGUUAUUUCAGAUAUUGUCAUUAUAGCAACUUAGCCAUCUUUGUUUUUUGCUGCUCAUACACAAGUAUUUUUGCUUAUUAUCCACUAAAACAGACACCUUUACUUUCUUUUCUUAAUCCAGAUAUGUACACAAAGUGAACACACAAUAUGGUUGGUAAAUAGAGGAAAGGAAAAUAAGUUUGGGUUUAGGCUGAAUUGAAACAAAAAAAACUGGCUGUUUGCUGAUAUGUUGUGCCUGCUCAUGCACAUCGCCUGUUUGAACAUAAACACAUUUAUAAGGUAUGAAAGGGGGACCUAUUGGCGUUACAAGGCUAAACAGAGUAUCAGCAUGCCCUUUUUCAGAAUGUGUAACUAUUUGUUUCUUCUCGUGUGAUGGGAACACAACAUUUGUGUUUGCUUCAGUGCAAAUGCUUAGAUAAGGUGGCUGCUACAUACAGGGUGUUUUUUUUCUUUUUAGGCAGUACAGAUUUACAAAAAAAUCUAUGAGAGUCGGGCUGCUGUCAUUUUCACACGUGAACUCUAUGUCGAGGCAGAAAUACUGUGCCGCAGCUAAAGUGACAUUGAAGUGACGUAAUUAAUGAAAAUUCCUGAAUAAUUCUUUAAAUUAUUGACUUGAGGGCAGUUGUUUAUAUUGGGAGAGUUGUAGUCCGUGACAAUUUAUGACAUAUCUAUUUUUUAAAACUCGCAAUAGUUGCACACAGUCAGAAAUGAUCAUCGAAUUGUCAUGCCGAUAUCGAAACUGACCGUGCCCGGCGUGCAGGAAUCUUUUACGUCAGACUGGAACUUCUCGUGACUAGGAAAUGACGAAAUUUGAAUCAAGGUGCAUCGAGGCAGAAUCUGGUCAGGAUAAAUGGCAACUAGAUUGAAAUACAGAAGUAAACUGCUUAUUCUUUGCAUAGGAUAUGUGAUGCUUCUGUAUUUUAGACUACUCACCGUUUUUCCCAACAAGAUCCUGCUUCGAUGCACCUUGAUUCAAAUUUCGUCACUUCCUUGUCAUGGGAAGUUCCAGUCUUACAUAACAGAGUGGCUGCAUUUCUUGCAUGCCAGGCACAAUCAGUUUUCAUAUAGGCAUGAAAAUUUGGUGAUGAAUAUCUCAAAUUGUGUGCAACUAUCGUGUGUUCUAAAAAAAUGGAUUUGUCAUAAAUUGUCAUAGACUACAACUUGCCUAUAUAAACAGCUGCUCUCAAGUCACUAAUUAAACAGUUAAUUACCGAAAUUUUGUUAAUUACCACUUUAAUGUCACUUUAGCUGCGGCAUAGUAUUUCUGCAUCGACAUGGAGUUUGUGUGCGAAAACGAAAGGAGUAUAACUGUCUUAGGAUUUUUAUUAAAAAAAUCUGUGUCAUUUCAAAAAAACAUCUGUAUAAUUCACACUCUUGCAAAGUAGCCUAAUCUAGUCAACUAUAUCGAGCAAUGUUUACAUACAUGGAAGGGAAACAAUUAAAGAUCUAUUUCUUGCCUUUUG